AUGUUUCUCUCAAUUGCAACCCUUUUUGCCUUUUCAGCAGUGGCGUCUGCCCACGGCAACCACCAGACACCUCUUACAGGCCCACUGCAAAAGUUGUGGUACAACACACUCCCUGGCGAUGGCGGCACUCAGGCCGACUCUGUCUUCUCUGGUAUCUCAACCUUCGGGCGUCUUCCAUACUUCCCAUGUCUCGCCAGCGAGGAAGAGAAAUUCGACAUUGCCUUCAUUGGUGCCCCAUUCGACACUGGCACUUCCUACAGACCGGGCGCGAGGUUCGGGCCCAGCGGCAUCAGGCAAGGUUCUCGUCGCCUCAAUCUCUACGGCGGUUACAAUGUUCCGCUGGAGGCAAACCCGUUCAGCAAUGAGUUGAGGGUCUUGGACUGUGGUGAUAUCCCAGUUACUUCAUACGACAAUGCCUGGGCCAUCCAGCAGAUCGAGCAGGGCCAUAACAGCUUGUUGAUGCGCAAGCCCUACACCAGUUCCAACGAUGCUGGGCCCUCUCGGGCAGGCAAGACCCUUCCACGUAUAAUUACGCUUGGAGGUGACCACACCAUUACACUGCCGUUGCUGCGCAGUAUCAACAAGGCAUACGGGCCGGUCACUGUCAUCCACUUCGACAGUCAUCUGGACACCUGGAAGCCAAAAGUGUUCGGUGGCUCACCAAGCCAGGUUGCAUCCAUCAAUCACGGAACCUACUUCUACCACGCCGCCAUGGAAGGCCUCUUGAGAAACGACACCAACAUCCACGCCGGCAUCCGCACCACACUAUCCGGCCCCUCAGACUAUGACAACGACGGUUACGUCGGCUUCGAAAUUGUCGAAGCCCGCGAAAUCGACACAAUCGGAACUGACGGCAUCAUCAAGAGGAUCCGGGACAGAGUCGGCACCGACAACCCAAUCUACCUUUCCAUCGACAUUGAUUCCAUUGAUCCGGCCUUUGCCCCUGGAACUGGUACGCCAGAGACUGGCGGCUGGUCGACUCGUGAAAUCCGCACGAUUAUCCGCGGACUCGAUGGGCUGAACUUGAUCAGUGCGGACAUUGUUGAGGUUGCUCCAGCUUAUGAUACGAAUGCUGAGCUGACGACUAUGGCUGCUGCUGAUGUUCUUUAUGAGGUUCUCACUAUUAUGGUGAAGAAUGGUCCUCUUACUGUUGGAGACUCGAGGGAGGAUUUGUAA